AUGGCUAGUACUCGUGAUUCUCAUUCAUUCGCUUGCGAUGAAUGUCGGCUUCGAAAGUCGAGAUGCUCAAAAGAGCGUCCGGUCUGCGUGCAAUGUCGACAAUUGAACAAAGAGUGCAAGUAUAGUCCAAAAGUGACUAGAAGCCCUCUAACAAGGCAACACUUGACCUAUGUUGAAGAUCGUUUGCAUGCAUUUGAAACAGCGUUGAGCAGGCUGUUCCCUGGAGGUGACCUGGAUGCUACUUUGAGAUCCCUUCUACAGAACCAAGAGACCCCGCAGUCUCCUUCAUCUAGAACCGCUUCAAGGCAUUCGACUCCAGCCAAACCGGAAGCCGAGCGAGCAGAGCCAGCCCCAGAGGCUCUACCUCAACAAGCUGACGGAUUCGACUGGGCAGAAAAAGAACUUACACUUGGUGACUUGACAGAUGGAAUGGCUGCUUUGUCUAUAAAACCCGAAGGAGCGGGUUAUUUUGGCGCCUCAUCAAGUGUUGUUCCAUUAAGAGCCCUUUUCGACCAUGGGUUUGAUUUGAACAUUCCAGUCCGCUCAGCAUCAUCUGGUGGCAUUCCCCUUAAAGCGCAACUUUUGGAGAGUGCACCCUCAGGACUAAUCGAGCAAGCAUUCAUUGAUGCGUAUUUCCUCAACUACCACACAAGUUAUCCAUUCGUUCAUGAACCUACAUUCCGUGCACAAUUUAACGAACCAUCUCUACGCCCACACGGAACGGCCUGGCAAAUACUACUCAAUACUAUUCUAGCACUUGGCGCAUGGAGUAUUGGCGAUGACAGCUCAGACCUUGAUAUCACCUUCUACCAAGAAGCAAGAGGAUUCUUACAACAAGCAUCUGUAUUCGAGACAGGAAACCUAACUCUUGUCCAAGCGCUAUUACUACUGAGUAACUACGUCCAGAAACGCAAUAAGCCUAAUACAGGCUGGAACUAUCUUGGUACAGCUGUUCGAAUGGCAAUGAGCUUGGGACUCCACAAAGAAUUCCCCGGCUGGAAGAUCAGCUUGCUCCAGCGCGAGAUCCGUCGCAGAUUAUGGUGGGGCGUCUUCAUUUUUGAUAGUGGCGCUGCCAAAACUUUUGGCAGACCAAUUUUGCUCCCGGAGGAGGCUGUUAUGGACGCGAAACAUGUCCUCAAUAUCGAUGACGAUGCUCUUACUCCAGCAACAACAACGCUUCCAACUGAGUCGACAGGACCGACACUCUACUCUGGCUUAAUUGCACAAGCCCGUUUCCAUCUCCUCACAAAUCGUGUUUACCAGCGGUUGAUAUCUAGUCCCAGCAUCACCCCGGAAGAGACAUUGGAUCUCCAGAAACCUAUGGAAGAUUGGUAUACCGGUUUACCUUCUUACCUACAUUAUCCUUUACAGCCUCUUGUUGUCCAACCAACACAACCUGACCCGGACAAUCUUGCUCUUGUCCGGAACCGUUUACUGUGGAGAGAUUGGAAUUUGAUGAUUCUUAUCUACCGUCCAAUACUACUGCGCUGGGCAGCUCGACGCUGGGGACCCUAUGGCGGAAGCUCAGAUGGAUCCUCCGUCAGUUCCGAAGGGAGCACCGAAGAUCCCUGCGAGACAGAAUGCAGAGUGCGUUGUCUACAAAAUGCGCGCCUAACAAUUGGAUCCAUCUCGGAGUACAUGGACAGCCACAUCGCAACAAGGAUAGGUGCUUGGUAUAUGCUUUACUUCCUCUUCCAAGCCGGUCUCAUUCCGAUUGUAUUCCUCAUGACCGACCCUACAAACCCCGAAGCAUCUAACUGGCUUCAAGAUAUCGAAACCACCAAAUCUCUACUCACCCAUCCCUCAUUUGGUAAUAACCGCUUCGCCGCGCGAUGCUCAGAAGUUAUCAAUCGUCUCCUAGGACCCCCACAAGAUGUCAUGUCCGGUUUACAAGGAGGUCAACCCUCUCUUCAACAACAGCCCUUUCAGCAACCUGCGCCUGGAUUUAUGCCAUUUCCUGAACACUUGUUCAAUGAGCCUGGUUUCCCGGGUAGUUUUUUUCCAAACGGUCAAGCGGUACCGAGUCCUGCGGGUAUGGACUUUUCAGAUUGGGUGAACUUUCCGGUACCGGAGCAAUAG